AUGGCAGCCCAUAGACUGCAGAGAUAUGCAAUUUUUCUCGCUGGUUAUUCUUAUACUAUUGAAUUUGUGAAGGGAGUUGACAAUGGCAUUGCGGAUGCCUUAUCCCGAUUACCAAUUGAGGGAGCUGAUAUGAUCAACCAUGUGUUUUGUAGUAAUUUUUUUAUUAAUUUAAUAACCAUGAAUGUUCAGGGAAUUGCUGAUUUAGAUAUUUGUGAGGAAAUUCAGAGGAACAAGGUAUUAAAAAAAGUUUUUUUGUUGGUGAUGUCGGGAAAGUGGCCUAAUUCCAGUAAAGAACUGUCGGAGGAUAUUAAGCCUUAUUUUAAUAGGAGGAAUGAGCUUGCUAUCGAGCAAGGUUUGUUACUUUGGGGACAUAGGCUGGUUAUUCCAUUAAAGUUUCGGGAGGUUUUGUUGAUGGAAUUACAUAGUUCUCAUUUAGGUACGGUUAAAAUGAAAGCGAUAGCGAGGUCACAUAUGUGGUGGCCAAAUAUUGACAAAGAAAUUGAUUUAAUCACUAAAGAAUGUAGUGGGUGUGUUGAAUACAGCGAUAAUCCGCCAAAGUCAAUAUUACACAAUUGGCCACGGGGGACCAGCUCAACGGAUCCAUUUGGAUAUUUUAGGGCCUAUUAA